AGAGGUGGUUGGGGGGGACCAUGGCUGACGUUUUCCCGGCCAACGAUUCCACAGCGUCUCAGGACGUGGCCAACCGCUUCGCGCGCAAAGGGGCGCUGAGACAGAAGAACGUGCAUGAGGUGAAGGACCACAAAUUCAUCGCCCGGUUCUUCAAGCAGCCCACCUUCUGCAGCCACUGCACCGACUUCAUCUGGGGGUUUGGGAAACAAGGCUUCCAGUGCCAAGUUUGCUGUUUUGUGGUUCACAAGAGGUGCCAUGAAUUUGUUACAUUUUCCUGUCCGGGUGCGGAUAAGGGACCCGACACUGAUGACCCCAGGAGCAAGCACAAGUUUAAAAUCCACACUUACGGAAGCCCCACCUUCUGUGAUCACUGUGGGUCACUGCUGUACGGACUUAUCCAUCAAGGGAUGAAAUGUGACACCUGCGACAUGAAUGUGCACAAGCAGUGUGUGAUAAACGUCCCUAGCCUCUGUGGGAUGGACCACACAGAGAAGAGGGGGCGGAUCUACCUGAAGGCUGAGGUCACCGACGAAAAGCUCCAUGUCACAGUACGAGAUGCAAAAAAUCUCAUCCCUAUGGAUCCAAAUGGACUUUCAGACCCUUACGUGAAGCUGAAACUUAUUCCUGAUCCCAAGAAUGAAAGCAAACAAAAAACCAAAACCAUCCGCUCCACACUGAACCCUCAGUGGAAUGAGUCGUUUACCUUCAAAUUAAAACCUUCGGAUAAAGACCGACGACUGUCCGUAGAAAUCUGGGACUGGGAUCGAACAACAAGGAACGACUUCAUGGGCUCCCUUUCCUUCGGCGUUUCGGAGUUGAUGAAGAUGCCGGCCAGUGGAUGGUACAAGUUGCUUAACCAAGAAGAAGGUGAGUACUACAACGUGCCCAUUCCAGAAGGAGAUGAGGAAGGAAACGCGGAGCUCCGGCAGAAAUUCGAGAAAGCCAAGCUUGGCCCUGCUGGUAACAAAGUAAUCAGUCCUUCAGAAGACAGGAGACAACCUUCCAACAACCUUGACAGGGUGAAACUCACCGACUUCAAUUUCCUCAUGGUCCUGGGGAAGGGGAGUUUUGGAAAGGUGAUGCUGGCCGACAGGAAGGGUACGGAAGAACUGUACGCUAUCAAAAUCCUGAAGAAGGACGUGGUGAUCCAGGACGACGACGUGGAAUGCACCAUGGUAGAGAAGCGCGUGCUGGCUUUGCUUGACAAGCCGCCGUUCCUGACACAGCUGCACUCCUGCUUCCAGACGGUGGAUCGGCUCUACUUCGUCAUGGAAUACGUCAACGGCGGGGACCUCAUGUACCACAUCCAGCAAGUAGGAAAAUUUAAGGAACCCCAAGCAGUAUUCUAUGCAGCAGAGAUUUCCAUUGGAUUGUUCUUUCUUCAUAAACGAGGAAUCAUUUAUAGGGAUCUGAAGCUAGAUAACGUCAUGCUGGAUUCAGAGGGACACAUCAAGAUUGCCGACUUUGGGAUGUGCAAGGAACACAUGAUGGAGGGAGUCACGACCAGGACCUUCUGUGGGACCCCAGAUUACAUCGCCCCGGAGAUAAUCGCUUAUCAGCCGUACGGGAAAUCUGUGGACUGGUGGGCCUACGGCGUCCUGUUAUAUGAAAUGCUGGCCGGGCAGCCCCCAUUCGACGGUGAAGAUGAAGACGAGUUGUUUCAGUCUAUAAUGGAGCACAACGUUUCUUAUCCGAAAUCUCUAUCCAAGGAGGCCGUUUCCAUCUGCAAAGGACUGAUGACCAAACAUCCCGGCAAGCGUCUGGGCUGCGGGCCCGAGGGGGAACGGGACGUGCGAGAACACGCCUUCUUCCGGAGGAUCGACUGGGAGAAACUGGAAAACAGGGAGAUCCAGCCGCCAUUCAAGCCCAAAGUGUGCGGCAAAGGAGCAGAAAACUUUGACAAGUUCUUCACACGAGGGCAGCCUGUCUUAACGCCUCCCGACCAGCUGGUCAUUGCUAACAUAGACCAGUCUGAUUUCGAAGGGUUCUCGUACGUCAACCCCCAGUUCGUGCACCCCAUCUUACAGAGCGCAGUAUGAAACUCACCAACCAGAACAAACGCCUCCCCAGCCCCCAGCACCCUGCCCCACCGCCCCCCCAACCCCCCAGCAGCGAGAAAUGAUUCUUAACCCUAAAAUUUUAAGGCCACAGCCUUGUUCCUUGUUCCAGAUGGAGGCCUGAAAAUUGUAGGGUUAUUUGUCCGAAUGCGACCAACUGUUCAGGGUCUCUCUCUUACAACCAAGAACAUUAUCUUAGUGGAAGAUGAUAAUGUACAGUGUCCAGUUUAAUCAUGUAGAAGUCACCUCUGGCUGUAGAUCAACCCUUCCUAGAAAGUAAACAGACUCUUGCCCCCUUUUCGGUACGAUUUGAUAUAUUUUCCGUAUCCUCUGGCUGUCAGAUUUUCACCAUCAGGAUCCCCCCACCAGAGAUGUGGAAAUGAACUUGCCCCCCCCCCCAGCGCAGCAGGCUGGACACCCCUCCACCCAAGGCGCCCAGAGAGUGAGCAGGGCGGGGUCGGGGGUGGGCAUCCGUGUCGCUUCUGUCCUCUGCCUCAGCGGACACCGUUCCUAAACCCCGAGGGGCCUGGGCGCCGUUUGCAAGCUCCCUGUUCCCAGACCUUGACAGUCAUACCCCGUCAUCAUCCGGUGGUUACCAGUUUAGAAAAAGAGAGAAAGAAAACCUCAGAUGCGGGUUCGGUGGAUCUGUCAUGUUGUACCCUACUCGGCUGAUUCCCUGUCUUGAUACUUGCAUUUCUUUUUUUAAGAGGCCAAAUCUUCUAAGGACUUUGCUAAAUGAGCACAUGAAAUCGUUUCAAAUCAAGGAGAAACCAGGGCAUACGUUCGUCCACUGUAAUCUCUGGGAGAUUAUUCUGUGACCCGGGGUGCCAUCAGCAAUCAUGGCGCUACUCGCCAGCGUUGUUAGCCAACCCCCUCCCCCACGUGCGGAUAUUUUGCUACCUACUUCCCGAGAAGCUGAAGUGUGCGCCCCACCCCCUUUUGUACUUAUUUAUUUAAUAGGCCGCAGUGUCGUUGAUGAGAGUACGGUGUACAGUAACUUAAAGUGUUGACGCUAGCUAGCAGCAGUCCUUGCUGAUGGAGUUCCCUCCCAGCUCUGGCCCUUGACAUCCCCUUUGGGAUGAAAACCGGUAUGGUUUUGGUUCCCCCUUCUAGUUCAUGUUGAAUGACACACCUGGACCUGUAGAAUCAGGAAACCUGAAUACAUAUCAGCUCAAAGAUGUUUUACUGCGAGAAGGAUUUUCAUAUGUUUUGCAAAUGCAUCAUGCAAUGAAUUUUGCAUGUUUAUAAUAAACCUGAAUAACAAGUGAAUCUAUAUUAUUGAUAUAAUCGUAUCAAGUAUAAAGAGAGUAUUAUAUAAUAAUUUUAUAAGACACAAUCGUGCUAUAUUUGUGAAGGCUCUUGUUUCUAACCUUUGAUGAUUAAGUUUGAGUUUAAUUCUUCGCUGCCAUGCUUCCUCUUCCCCGCCCCCGCCCCAUGCGUGCCCUGCACAUUGGCGCUGUAUUGGAGAUAUUCAUUUUUUUAACAUAGAUCUAAUUUCAGAAAUGAAUGGCUAAUUUACAUGAUUAAUUAGGCAUAUAUAUAUAUAUAUAUACACACAUAUAUAUAAAUAUUCGAUUCUACUUGCAAACAAAAGUUUUGGGGGGUUAUUUCUGAGAUGAGAUUCUCUCUUAGCUUCUUAACAGCAUCUCCUGUUCGGGUCCCUGUGCCACGCUUCCUCUUGGGGACAGCGGGAAGUGUUUGACUCCAGUGUGGCGAGUACGUUUGAGCAGAUGUGUGUCAUCACCGCCCCUGGGCUUUGGUUGGUCGGUUGGUUGUGUUUUCCUUUUUUUCAGCCUCGUUACCGUUAGCGACAGGGGGUAGGACGGGAAGGUGCCCUUCCCGAUCUGUGUGCGUGGACACGCCAGGAGCGUGCUGUCCAGCUGGCCGCCCCUGAAAGGACCUGCUCGUUUGUUCCAGCACGUGCAGACUUCACGAGACAAACCGUCCGCAGCCCCCUGGGCACGGCCACCCCCGGAGCUCUGAGCAGACUCCUUUUAGAGGCUACAGAUUCUCUCUCCAGCUGUUGCUAGAACCAGCCUUUGCAGCCUUGUAAGAAGCACUUCAGUGGUGAGACACCGUCCUCACGCAGGGUCCUCAGAGGAGCCAGUCUCCUACGACAGGGAGAAUGUUCAGAACGGAAGCUGCUAGUGGCCCUUCCAGAAAGCUGCUUUGUUUCUCCCUCUUCUCCAAAAGCAUCUUCCAGCUAAGUGCCUCCUCGAUUUUAUUCUGGCUCUUUGCCUGAAAUGUUUGUAACAUGUGACCACGGAGGGGGCUUUGGGAUGAGAGAGCCAGCCUGUCCCGGGAACCCCCGAUGGGAGGAAGAGAUGGGUAGAGAAUGGGUCAGACCAGAGAAAAGCGCCUUCCUCUGCCAUCUCUGAUGAACCGUAGACUUCAGAACUCCCAAGGGUACCCAGCACACCCAGAGCUGCAGUCCUGCUGGUCAGUGCACGUUGUGGGGACAUUUCUUCCCCAGGUGCACCUCGUUUGGUCUGAUAGAAAAGGGACCAAUUUAUAGAAAGAGCCUGAGAAACAAAAGAGCCAGUCACCAUGCCCCAGAACAGAGCAGCAGGAGGUCCCCAGAAGGGCACAGAGUCCCAGAGAAGCACACGUGGGGUGUGGGCCAUUUGCUCCCGAGCCCCAUGCCUCCUGCUUGUGUUAGGCCAGCAGUGGUCACAGGCUUCCCCUGAAACGGCCGACACAUUUCCAAAUUAUUUAUACUUCUCCAGGAAACAUAUUUAGCAUCUCAGCCGGCUUGGUAUUCUUUCAGAACGUGUGACGAAGUUUUCAAAGAAAAUUCUCUAUCCGUGGGGCCCAGCACUUUGCCUGAGGGACAGCGGGCUCAAGGACAAACUUAGGGGGAAAGCAGUAUGAAACCAGGGCCCGGCGAAGUGUGGUCAUGAUGUCGCCUGUUCGGUGCUGUGCUAUGUGCUGGAUUGAGGGAAAGGCUGAUGCUCGAAAGAUUUUGGCAGCCCAGAAUGGUUAUUGCUGAAAGAAUAAGGCACGUGGGUGACCAUUAACAAGACUCUAGCCACAGUGUCGGUUUAUAAAAUUCUCUGGCAUCGUCCCGCUUCGGGGCCAUCGUCUGAAAUAAAAGCACAAGGAAGGGGCUGCUGUUUUAACUGCAGCAGCCCCGUUACAGGCUGGAAUGAGAAGGAUGCCUCGAAGGGUCAGGUGACUGGGGGACUCUAGGAAGUUCUGGCCCCUGAGUACCGCCCCAGUCACCAGUACUAUCCACGCCCCCGGCAGAAUCUAGCACAAUCUGAGUCUCCACCGGCCUCGCCGGUCUGUGACUCUGAAAGGCCAUCAAAUUGCCUUGCCUCAUUUUCCCUUGAUGGCGGCUGCUGCUUCUGCGGGACUCCCCUCUGAGGCUGCGGGCCAGUGGGCGGUCAGCGCUUGGCGUCUUUUCUAAAGCCACAGGGUGCUUGGUUUGAAUGGAAGGAUCUAGAGUGUGCUGCCAGGUGCAGUCCUCAGUGGAUAAGGGCGGGGUUCACUCAAGGCAAGAACUAACUCAGAAAGUUGAUAUGAGGCCCCAAGAACCGAAAUGAUGGCUCAUCAACACAUUUACUUUCAUCCCCAUGACCUGUUCAAGUUAAGGCAGAAUCACUGUCUUUUCUUAUAAGGCUUUCUUAUUAGGAAUUUCGGUAGGAAGUCAGAGGGUUGAGAGCUCUCUGGAAGCGUGACUUGAGAUGGUUGGUUGAAAGUUUAUGAAAGACCAAGAUUAAUGCAAACCAGCAAAUGACUGUUGAGCACCUCACUGAGCCAUCAGGUCAUUAGCAGAGCAUGGUGACUUGCCGGAGUGGGCGUGCAGACCACAUUCUGACAUUCUGAGAAGAGGUCAGCAGAGGCAGAAGUGGGUAAGGAAUUUAGCAAAGAGCAGGGUCCGAGUGUGUCGGGAAGGAGGCUUGCAGUAGGAGGAAGCCAGGAGGGAGGGGCAGGGAAGGGCAUCCUAGCAAGGAAGCUCCUGCCAUUUCCAGCGGCUUUCCAUUGGAGGUUUUUGGUGCAGGCGAAAAUCACCGACUGCUGGUCCUUGAGAGUGAGUUUGUUGCCAGGGAUACAGCCUAGUCCUCAGAAAACAUCUCCCAAAUGCCAGCAGCAUCCUCACCAACUGCUAGAAGCCCCCUUCCCUCCCUAUGUAGAGGCAGCUCAAAGCGCUCUGGGCUGAGCCAAACCAUCCGUGUGCCCCGAAAGCCAGGAGAUUCCCACCCAUUUUCUUCUGCAGCUUUCUGCUGAGCGUUAUGACAGCCCGGGCUGGAUGGAGAAGUAGCGAAACCAACCAGCCCUGCAGUUCCCACCUGACUCCACUCAGCAAGGGAAAUUUGAGAGUUUUGUCUGUGCUGAAGAGGGGGCAGGGGAAGUGAGAGGCUUAGGUUUUUAAAAAAGCCUCAGAAAGGCUACACCACCUGAUCGUCAUUUUCUCACUUUGCUCUUAUGGAGUCACCUGUUUCUUGUGUGUGCAUCACACCUUUUCCUGUUUCUUUAAACGCAGCAAGGGCAGGAGUGCCUGCUACCCCACAAUCACGAUCAUGAAAUGGACACUGGGCCAGGGACCCAAAGAGUGAUGACCAUGAGGGUCACAGGAACAGCGAGGGCACGACAGAGGGAAGGAGAGGCACACUCUGGGUAUUCGUGGCUACAUACUAGUUUGACAAGGAGUUGUGGGGAAUAUUUUUAAAACAUUUUCCUCGAGUUGCUGGCCUCCUUUUAAUGAAAGAUAGCAGACCUUAAACAUUUCUGUCAUUUCUCAUUUGGGCCGAUGCAGCAAAUCUAGGGGAUGCUACAUAUUUCUGUUAGAAGAGGCAGAAAGUGGGGAAAGGUUGCCUGAGUUAUUCAUGCCUGAAGGCAGUCACCCGGAAAUGGUGUCAGCCACGAUUCUGUUCGUUCUGUAAUGUCAGGGACUAUGUAGGGGAGGUUCAAAGUGAAUGUCCAGGAUCCCUGCGCCUCUGAUCUGUGUGAUCGAUCAGGUGUCAGUUCAUAGCCGUGCAGGUCAAACUCAGCCAUCAGACAGCCUUACAAAUGACCCUCCACUAAGGCCCACACCUUCCAAAGACUUCUUUUUAAACCUUAAGGAAGAAAUGAAUUUGUUAAUUACAAUAGAACAACUGGAUAUACUGGGCUAUUUGUACUUUUUUAUAGAGAACUUUAAUAAUCCUUUUAAAAUGAGUUUUUAAAAUAAAACUUCUGAUAAUUUGAUAAGAUCCCCAUCGCGGGGAGCCUGCAGGAGGCCUGGGCAGGGGCCAGCUGGAUCACCCCUGACCUGCACUCCCACUGCAGGACUUUGCCCUGCUGGUGGGGUCCGGAGUCCUCAUCGGAAUGACCAGAAGUUCAGGGGGAAGUUCAAGGGGCAGACAGGCACCCUCCGUAUUUUCAAUAGACGCUGGGGACAACCGUCUAAGGUCUAGAAAUGUUCAGACUGUAGGAAAGGUGGCUUUAUUGUCCCCCCUUCCAAACGCAGCCCAGGACAGCAUUCUCGGGAGUCCCUGCGGCCCUUUCAUCUGCUCGGCGAGGCUCUGUGACCCCCUCUGGUGUGGGAGGGGGUGGGCACAUCCUCAGCUCUAUCUUCAGUCCCCGGAGGGUACCUAUGUCUCUCACACUCAGUGAAAAUCCAGAGAUGCCCUACAAAGAUUUUGCCCACCGGGCAGUUCAGAAACACGUUACUCUCCCCAAGAAAGAAGAGGCAACAGCAAGCAUGCCCGCUGGCGCCUGUUCCAGAGUUCAUCUCUUAUGGGAGUAGACAGAAUCCUACUUUUCAGAAAAUAAGUAUCGAGUCCACUUUAUAAGAACCUCUUUUUCUAAAAUAAGACGAAAGGGUGGCUUCGCAUUUUCUGAUUAAACAACUGUGUCUUUGUCUCCUCUGCUUUAGGAGUAUUUAUUCCUGUGAUUGUUCGUAGAUUUUUUUGUUGAUACUCUUCCUGGAAGAAUGUGAUUCUUUUCUCGAGGGAAUUAAUGGACUGUUCAACAAUCAUACAUGAAGGCAGUUAUUCUUUUAAGUCUAAAUGGUCUAAUAAUUCACCUCAUAGCCCUUCUAUUAGGGUCUUUCAGAAUAACUUUUAUAGAUGGUCAGAAACAUUUGAAACCAUUGCUUUUGCUACAUGAUGUUUUGUGUGUGUGUGUGGAGGGCAUGCCUUGUUUAAAUCAUUCAUUGAAAAACAUGGUGUAAGACCCCUGAUACGUGUGAAGGAGGGAGGAGAAGAGAUGGAGGUUGAGGUUUUUCAUUCUGUGUCAGUACUCACUGACAAAACGCGGAGGCCAUUCAGCUGUCAAAUGACAUUAGGUUUAUAGGGGGCGAGAUGAAUGUAUAAAUUACUGCAUAUUGCUUUCCUCAGUCCGUAUGACCUCUAAUCUUUGUUUGCAUGAUAUGCUUUGUUAGAUACAUUAAUUGUGUAUGAAUAAAUAUAACGAUCAUUCCUUAGUGUA